UAGGUUGCAAAUGUUUCCACUCCAGGAAUGGAGAGAAUUUGGCCAUGAGAUCCCCUUCCUGUUCCCAGUGGCAGAAAGCUAACAGCCAGGUCAUGGCCCUUCCUAAUGCCAGAGACUUGAGAAUUGGCUCAAAAAUACUCACUUGCUACCAUGAUACCCAGUGAUUAAAUGGGAUCUCCCUAAACUAACAGGGCAUUAGCCAGUUCCCUUUCCCCAGCUUUCAAAUGGACACAGUACUAUCGAACUGGAACACACUUUCUUGAGAGUAGGCCGCCUAGACUACAGUGGAACAUGCAUAGCUUUUUUCCCCUUGCAGCUUGCUAUUCUCCUCCCACUUGUUUUGGCUAUCUAGGAUUGACACACCUCCAUUUAAGAGAGUGAAAUGAAGGCACUGCAUAAAAAUGCAGUGCUUUUAGAAUUGAAGCCCAGUGCUGGAGAAAAGACCAUGCAAUAAUAGCCUCUGGGAAUGUGACACGCCUCCCUUUUUUGGGCUGCACCUCACCCUCCUCUGGUGUGGCUGUGAUAGUAUUCAAGCUGAGGCAGCCUUCAGAGGUAAACACAAUCUGGUACAGAGAUGCCCUCACUUAGAGCGCAGGACAUCAUGAAGUUGCCCCAUGAGCAUCUCUGUCCUGCACAUCCUGGGGGAACAGAAUGCAGUUCUAGAAUCCUACCUGUUUCGAAAGGACAGGACUCUUCCUGCUCAGAUGUACACUCAAUAGUUGGGCUCUGUGGUCAACAUCUGGACAAGCAACGUUCAAGUUUAGCUAAUACUUGGGUUUGUAGUCAUCUAGGGCAAAGUUCUUCCAGCUGUGAUUUCCUAAAUAAACGCUCUGCAAAAGAAAAAGGGGCCUGCAGUUUGGGAAGCAGGUUUUGGUUGUCCCCGUCUACGGGACGUCCACAUUGUCCUGCCUAGUGUGGCAAAGCCGUUUAAAGACUGAAAGAAUUCAUGGGGACACAAAGUCAAUGUGGUGCAGCACUUGGAGUGUUUGACUAGAACCUGAGAGAACAGGGGUGGUUGGUAGUCAACUAAGUUUUACUCAGGGUAGACCCAAAGAAAUUAACGAACCCCACAAAGUUGGGUCUAUUAAUUUCAAUAGGUCUAUACUGAGCAGAAAUUGAAUAUCACUAGCAACUGGUAUUUGACAGUGGAGGUUAGAGCAAGGCCAUUCUGCCUAGUAGUUGCUGAUAGCUACUGGGAUAUUUUUUGCUGUUUUCAGGUUAAGCCCUGCUAAGGCAUCUAACACACACCAACGUCCCCCAAACCUACCACAACAUGGAACCACAAUCUGUACUAAAACAUCUGAGCAAUACUCUGACUGUGGUUCCUCUUCUUUCUGUGUCCCUUUUAUAAUUUGCAAAUAACACUUACAUUUUUGUGCCCCAGCUCUGAUUUCACUUGCUUUCCUUUGUCGUCUUGUUUUCCUGAGUGCUCCGGAAGAUCAUAUCCAACUAGGCUGCUGCAUCUCUGCCCCUCUCCCUAUGCAUGUCCAUAUGCCCCAAAUAUUGCCUCCCAUUUCUGUUUACCAGGAGCUACUCCUCUGAAGAAGAGACUUACACCACCUCAAAUCCUCUGUUGUCAGCAUAGUCUUUGGGGGGAAAUUCCAGCCUGCCUUUGCCUGUUACUCCUGCACAUUCCCUGUCUUAACAUUCUGUUCAUUUACUAGUCCUUGAACUCCCACCUCCCAACCUCAUCUCAAACCAAUAUUUUAAGUGCAAGCUUAGCAGAGAGAAUUCUAGGCCCCGGCUGUCUCUUCCUGAAGUUCAGUGAAAUGAGGUAAUCAUUCUGAAGCGUGACAUCACAGUUGAGUUUAUUGGCACUCAAGCGGCUGAAUCCUUGCAAGUUGAUUGCAGAGUCCUGCAGAGGUUGGAUACUAAGCAAGCGGACUGCUGAGCUCUUUGCUGAAGAUGGAGGGCAAUAGGUAUGAAGAUAGCAGCACGGAGAGGCCCACAAGUUCCCUGCUGAGCACACCCCGGAGGCUCAGCGUCCACCCCUCCGUGAGCUGGGGAGGCCUUGAAUUUGAGAAAGACCCUGCCACUCAGCAGCUUCCUCCGGCACCAGCUCCCGCCCCACCCAGGCUUCCUGGUCUCCUGAGCAAGUUGGGCCCGGUGUGCUCAUCCCACAGGCAGCUGAUGAAGGCUGCCGGCUUGUACGAUGAGUCUCGCACCAAGCAGGUGGAGGAUCAGAUCAACUAUGACCACUUGCGGAAGCUGGAGCGCAUGUUCCGCGAGGCGGACAUCGAUGGUGGAGGAGGUCUGGACAUGGAAGAAUUCCGCAGCGCCAUGAAGAAGAUCAUGGGAGACGUUUCCGAUGAAGACAUUGACGUGAUUUUCAUGAAGGUGGACACCAACUGUGAUGGCGCCGUGGACUGGGAGGAGUAUCUGAAUUACAUGCUGCGUGAAUACAGAGGGAAGGACGACAUGCUGAAAAAUAAGAUGCUUCCCGAGUUCCAGACGACCAUGAAACCGGUUUCCGUGGCUCACUCUGAGGAAAUUGUCAAGAUCCAGUUUUUCCCAAACCAGAACAGGGGGCUUUUGGAGAGGGCGAGGAAAAGCCGAUCGCCGUCUGGGCGAUUCCUGACCGUCAGCAGGGACGGGAUCCUGCAAUACUGGAGCGACACCUUUAAAAGGCUUCGUACUGUUGUGCUGGACCAGAGCAAAAGACGUCACAGUUUGAAACUCUGGGUGAUUGACAUGGUGUGCCUUACCAAUAUCAACUUACUGGCGGUUGCAACGACAGACCAGGAUAUUGAGUUCUUUGACAUUGGUGGCAAUAAAUGCGACCGGAUCUUCACUCUCGUCGACUUGGAAGGAUGUGCCACGGCUAUGGACUACUGGACCGAUGGCCGCAAAGCAAUCUUCUCUGUUGGGGACGUGAAAGGGAACGUCCUGAUCUUCACCUCAUCGGAUGUUGUGAUGAACGGGCUUUUCAAUGUCCGCAGCUACAUAGGUGGCAUGUCUAGAGUCCCCGUCCACAUCCUCCUGAAAAACAAGGCCGAACAAUACAGGAAUUUCCAUGUCCCUGCUUUGCACGGAGACUGGUGCCAACAGAUCAAGUACAUCCCACAGCUCAACCUGGUCGCCUCCUGCACGCCAGCCGAGAAGACUGCCAUGGCCCUCACCUCUCUCCCGCUGCAUAACAUUGGUAAAACCCAAUCAGCGGUGAUCGUUCUGAAGAAAGGCAUCCUUUGCUUUGACUAUUCCUCCGAAAUGAACAUCCUUGUGACGGGAGGGUACGAGCCCCUGGUCCGCAUCUGGAACCCCUAUGUAACCAGCAGCCCCAUCACGCAGAUGAAGGGCCACUCCACGGCUGUCACCCACAUCAUGAUCAACGGGCAGAGGAACACCAUCGUCAGCGUCUCCAAAGACAAAAACAUCCGCGUCUGGGAUCUGCUGGAUCACUUCUGCCUGCAGUCGAUCCACGGCAGGAACGUCCCCCUGGGCAACUACCCCAUCUCGGCCACCUACUACCACCGGCCCUGCAAUUACAUCAUUUGUGCCACUUACACGCUUGGCUUUUUCUACGGCGUGGAAUAUGUCGACUUGGAUGCCAAGACCCAGGACCAGCCGGUGUGCUGUGCACUCUACAACAAGAACUUUAAGCAGGUGGUCAGCGGCUGCUACAGUGGGGUCAUCACCGUUUGGGAUAUCAUGACCGGGCAGAAAGUGAUGGAGUUUUCCACCUCAUCAGGGCAGCCGGUGGAAAUCACAGCAAUGACCUUUGAUACUCCUGAGAGGCGGCUGAUCACAGCCCUGAAAAACGGGACCAUCAAAUUGUGGAACUUCAACAACGGCGCCUGCCUGAUAGAGCUGCCCUUUGACGACAAGGCUGAGAUCGGCUGCGUCUUGUACAUGAACCAGAAGAUUUUCGUAGCUGGGUGGAGCAAGAGAGUGACCUGGUACCUAGACAACAAGGAAGACGAGAAAGUGAUCGAGUGCAAGCACUGGAAGUCGUACCACUCCGAUGACAUCUCGUGCAUGGAUAGAUACGGCAAGAAUCUUUUGGCGACCGCAUCCUGCAACGGAGACAUCGUCCUGUGGAGCGUCCACUCUGGGCAGGCGUUCUGCCGAUUUAACGCAUCCGAGAGCCCCUUGAUCCUUGCUCCCCAAAGGGAGUUCUCUUCGGACCCAGACAUCCCCUUGCUGAACAAGAGCCCCAAGAAGACAGGUUGCAACCAUCGGCAGGCGAUGAAAAAGUGCUUCGCCUGCUCAAGAAAGGCCACCGCCUUCAAAACUGCCAUCCCUCAGCGGCCGGCCAGCGCAAAGACUCAUCAGGUGACAUCUCCUAUCCCGCAGAGGCGCCCGGCUUCAGCCAUGCCUGGAAACCGCAUCAUGCGCCCAGCUACGUCUGUUCCUGGAAGCCACAUUAUGAAGCCCCAGGCAGCCUGGGAACCCGAAGGAAGCGACAAGACUGCCGCUGGUUCUCAUGCUCACGCAGCCCCUGAGACCGGCUCACCGAAGGCCGAGAUCCCUACGUGGCAGGAAGAAGUCAUCGCCAGCCGGGUUGGUGUGGAGAAGAUCCUCUUUCUGAAUGCUCGUGAGCGAGACUCUCACACAGCCAUUUUGCUGACCAGCUGCUCCGACGGGAACAUCUACGCCUGGACGUUCGGUGGCAAAGGAGGGAUGCUGGGCAAAUUCCGAGGAGGCCACGGACAUGCCCAGGACACCGUGGUCUGUUCCAUGAACACGGAUGACAAGAACCUAGUCCUCUUCACUGGGGACUCCUUGGGCUACUUGAAGAUCUGGGAUAUCAUGAAUUACUGCACACCGAGAGGGGAGAUAGACCCUGAGCCAGAGAUUAGCGAUGAGAAUCUUCCGCAGCCGAGCCAGAACGCUUUUCGCGACUUAAUCCCCGAUUACUGCAGAAUUCCUUCGGACUUCAGUUCCUCUGGUAUAACCGAAGAGGAACACGAGGGCUGGUUCACCUCUCUGAUUCCCCCCGUCUGCCUGAGCUCCUGGAGGGGGCACUUGAAGAACGUGGGCAGCAUCAAAUACGUGGAGAGAUUCAGGGCGAUUCUCACUUCCAGCCACGACAGCACAAUCAAGCUCUGGAUGCUCUCGGGGAGACACGUGGGGACGUUUGGGCAGGCAGUGUGGAGGCUGGAAUUGCAGUCCAUGAUGACGGCAGAAGUGCCUGAGGACAUCCGCCGAACAGGCUCCCUGCAGACCCUGAAGGUCCUGAACGAAGGCCGGCAGCCCCACUGGGAGAGCAUCCGCAACAUCGUGCAGACGCUGAGCCAGCAGAGGAGGCAGCAGUCCAUGCUGAUGGAUUUCCUGCACGUCAAGUCGUCCCACGACGCUGCUGGCAAGAUGCAGGAAAUGAUGCAUAAAGAGACGCGAAUCAUCCAGAUCACAGACGAGCAAAUUGAGGCCUCUUAUCAGCAGUGGGAAGAGUUUGGGAAGCUGAAGAGCGAUAUCCUGGGCAGCGCCUUCAAGCAGAAGUUUCCGCGUCCCGUCUUGAAGCAGCUCCCGGAAAUGAAGGCCUACGUAGCCCACAAGGACCAGCCUCGUAUCUACCGCUGCAUCCAGUACACAGACCUCCAGCCCAUGUUCCAGGCGUACACCCCGGACCUGGUGACCGAGUCCCUGCAGACCCAGGCCGCGAUAGAGCACCGGGCAACCCGGAGAGCCAAGCGCUGGGCAACCCUCAAAGGCGUCGUCAAGCCCACCCUCAAGAGCUUCCUGUUGCGCAAGCGAGUUAUGGAGCCCAAGGAAUGAGCUGCCAGUUGCGGCAAGCACUCCGAGGCACGAGGCAGCGACUUUCUCGUCCCAAGGGCCGCUGUUGGCUUGGGGGGGCCGGGAGUGAUUCGAGGCCCUCUCCCGUCUUCGGCUCACCCCGAUUUCCAGAUCCUCCUAGAAGCUGGCAUUGGAUGUGUCCGACCCUUUGAAAUAAACAAAUUGUUGGAAA